AAUGCAGAAGAUGAAGGAACAGCAAGCACUCGGGAAACGUCAUCUGGAAGAGAAGUUUAAGCUGAUGGAGGAGGUGAUAGAAGAUCAGGAAGACGCCAUUAGCAAUCGGAGUAGAGUUAGCGGCAGGACGAGUAUGGACAGAGUGAAACAGUGGCAACAGCAAUGUCUGGAACAGGGUGCGAGCGCGAUAUGUCCGAAGCAAAUGGAUAAAUCGACGGGCAGUGUAGCAGCUCUACCGAUUCUGAAACCAGGCGAUCCGAAUACUACUAUAGGAAAUUCGUUCAAUUCUACAAACCCGGUCGUCGUGCGGGAUCAGCAGCGGUAUACUGGCACGAUCCCAAAAACGUCCAGAAAGCAACACGUGGAGGACUCGAGAGGUAAAAUUAAACCCUCAUUGCCCCCCGUAGCACCUCAAGGGGCGGCUGAUCAUCGUCCGAGUGCCAGCGAGGGACUCUAAGUGAAACUGUGCACCAUGGUCCAUCGGGAAUAAGGAGGAAUGGUCCUCCGGAAAUUCAGGGGGUUUGAUGUCAGGCCCUGCAAGCCAGCCUUUAAAAAGACAUAAACAACGAACAAUCAACAAGAGUACGGACCGGAACGA